CCGGUGUCGUCCUAUCGGUCUGUCAUUUUAAGGAGAAGAAGAAGAAGAAGAAGAAGAAACAACAUCCUUACGUGAUGAUUGCAGUCUGCAUGGACGCUUUCCAAGUUUCUUCAAAAUACGCGGCUUAUAUUGUGGCUCUCGCUUCAUGCGUCGAAGCCCGGCACAGUUCAUUUCACCCGCUUCAGAGAGAGGCGGCUUAGAGAAAGAGAGAAGAGUGAGAGGAAAAAAAGAGAGGGAGAGGGAGAGAGAGACGGACAAACGGAGAAAGGGGGGAGUAAAAAAAAAAACCAAAAAAAAAAACUUCACGUUCGCCCAGAAGAUGCUCACGUUUGGCUCUCCUCAAUUAUCCCCUCCCGUGAAGAUAGGUGGCGCGUGUUUCAGGGUUCCGUGUUAUACGGCGAAGAAAAGGAGGAAAAAAAGAAAAGAAUGUCAUUAGGAGAGGCGUAACACGUCAGUCCCUACCCAGGUUUGUUUCCUGGAGUGGGUGUAAGACAUCAGUUGUAACCUGCCUAGCAGGAAUAGCGGUCCCUCCUCCAACUAUUUCUAAGGCUUUAUCAUCACCGUUGGAACAGGAUCCGCUACUCGUCCCCGUUUCUCACCGACGCGCUCCCACAUCACUUCCCGCGACCCGUCGACGAGAUAGCCCCAUUCAAACAGAACAGAUCUCGAGCCUGCGUGCCGCGCCGAACCAGGGGGGAAUCGAGUCCAUGCGAGCUGCCAUCUGAUCCGCACGUAUCGAUGAAGCAAGAGAUCAUGGCGGAUGGCCCCAGGUGUAAGAGGCGAAAGCAAGCCAACCCCAGGCGGAAAAACGCACUGAACUAUGAGAAGGGUGGUGGAGACGGGCUCAGAGACGGAGGAGGAGGACAAGCUCCCCGUGUCCGAGGAGGAAGCCCAGAUCAACGGCACAGGCAGCCCGGCCAGCCUCACCAACCCCGAGGCCUCCCCGCGGGCCGAGAGCCACGGCUUGCUCGCCAAGGAUGAAGAGGACGAUGAGAUGAGGGACAGUGGUGUGGAGCACAUCUGGCACGACAACGACAUGCUCAGCGCCUCGGUCGAUGGUACCGAUGAAAUGAAGGAUGAUUUUGACGCCCUGGGGCCCGACGCCACUCUUCAGGCGGUUGGAAAUGGUACAGUCAAAAACGUCGAUUGCACUUCAGAACUGGAGGAGUUCUUCGCCAAGCGGAAGCUGGACGACAGCGAGAGCCACGUAGUGAGCAUCGCAGAGUACCUCCAGAGGGGCGACACCGCCAUUAUUUACCCCGAGGCCCCCGAGGAGCUGUCUCGCCUGGGGACCCCGGAGGCCACGGGGCCAGAGGAGAAUGACCUGCCACCUGGAACGCCAGAUGCCUUCGCCCAACUGUUGACCUGCCCCUACUGCGACCGGGGCUACAAGCGCUUGACAUCGCUGAAGGAGCACAUCAAGUACCGCCAUGAGAAGAACGAGGAGAACUUCGCCUGCCCGCUGUGCAACUACACCUUCGCCUACCGCACGCAGCUCGAGAGACAUAUGGCCACGCACAAGCCGGCAAGGGAUCAGCACCAACUGCUCAACCAAGGGGCCGGGAACCGCAAGUUCAAAUGCACAGAAUGUGGAAAGGCCUUCAAAUACAAGCACCAUCUGAAAGAGCACCUUCGGAUCCAUAGCGGUGAAAAACCAUACGAAUGCUCCAACUGCAAGAAGCGCUUCUCCCAUUCUGGCUCCUACAGCUCCCAUAUCAGCAGCAAGAAGUGCAUUGGCCUGAUUGCCAUCAAUGGGCGGAUGCGCAGCAACAUGAAAACGGGCUCCUCUCCCACCUCUGCUUCCUCCUCGCCCACCAACACAGCCAUCACGCAACUGCGGCAGAAGCUGGAGAACGGCAAGCCGCUGGGCCUCCCGGAAAACAACAACCACCUGAACAUCAAGACAGAGCCGCUGGACUUCAACGAUUAUAAGCUCAUGAUGGCAUCCCAGGGGUUUGGCACUCCAGCGCCCUUCAUGAAUGGAGGGAUGGGUGGGAACAGCCCUCUGGGGGUUCACCACAACUCCACUGCCCAGAGUCCACUGCAUCACCUUGGGAUGGGGGUGCUGGAUUCACAGCUUCUGGGCUACCCGGGGUCGCUGGGGAACAACUUGAGCGAGGUGCAGAAGGUCCUGCAGAUAGUGGACAACACUGUGUGCAGGCAGAAAAUGGACUGUAAGCCAGAGGAGCUCUCCAAACUCAAGGCCUAUAUGAAGGAGCUAGGGUCCCAGAUUGAGGAGCAGAAACACGGGUUGACAUCACCCGGGGGCCCCCCAGUCGGUCUUCCGGUGGUCAACCACAAUGGUGCCACCAAAAGCAUCAUCGACUACACGUUGGAAAAAGUGAAUGAAGCCAAAGCCUGCCUCCAGAGCUUGACAACGGACUCAAAGAGACAGAUCAGCAAUAUCAAACGGGAGAAAUCCAACCACAUGCUCGAAGGAGGCAUGGAGGAGAAGAUGCAGGAAAACAACAUGUUUACACCUUUUGCGUGCCAAUACUGCAAAGAAACCUUCCCUGGUCCAAUACCUUUGCAUCAACACGAACGCUACCUAUGUAAAAUGAAUGAAGAGAUCAAAGCUGUUUUGCAGCCCAGUGAGAACUUGAUGCCGUCCAAACCAGGGAUCUUCAUGGAGAAGAAUGCCCAUGUUCUCUCCUCCAUGUUGUCAGAGAAGGGACUACCUAGUCCCAUCAACCCAUACAAGGACCACAUGUCCGUGCUGAAGGCAUACUUUGCCAUGAAUAUGGAGCCCAACUCGGAGGAGCUGCUCAAGAUUUCCAUCGCAGUCGGCCUGCCUCAGGAAUUUGUCAAGGAGUGGUUUGAGCAACGGAAAAUGUACCAGUACGGCAACACAAGGACUCCACCGCUGGAGCACAGGAACAACAUAGAAAUGGUCAUGGGGAUGAACAACCACCACACCCCACCAAAGGACUCUAUGGCAGUCAGGUCGCCGGUAUCACUAAUCAAACCCUCCGACCGCAUCACAUCACCUGCCAUUGGUGAGCUCCAUAACAAUGUCAACAAUUGUGAUGGCGUGCUCAGACAUUUGAGAAACAACCAACAGUUCAGCAGCAACGGCAAACCCAUGGGUGACAAGUUGGACCAUUCGCGCAGUAACACGCCCUCUCCGUUAAACCUGUCCUCUGCAUCUUCCAAAAACUCCCACAGCAGCUCAUACACUCCCAACAGCUUAACUUCUGAAGACCUGCAGGCAGAGCCGCUGGACUUGUCUCUGCCGAGACUCAUGAAGGAGCCCAAGCAUGCACUGACUGUCAAAAGCCGACCGAAAGUCAACAUUACCAUCGACCAUAACAGCAUCCCCUCUCCCCGUGAGCACUUCGAAGAGCCUUUGAAUUUGGCCUAUUUUAAGAAGGAUUUCUCAGGCUCUACCAACAAUGGAAACCUUGAAAAAAGCACUAGCCCCAUCUUCGGCAUUAAUCCUUUUGCUGCCAAGCCCUUGUACACAUCCCUUCCUCCUCAAAGUGCGUUCCCGCCAGCUACGUUUAUGCCUCCAAUGCAGGCCACCAUACCAGGUCUCAGGCCUUACCCGGGCAUGGAACAAUUAGGCUUCCUGCCACACAUGGCCUACACUUAUGCAACAGGGGCAGCUACAUUUGCUGAGCUACAACAGAGGAGGAAAUACCAGCGGAAACCAGGUUUCCAGGGGGACCUUCUAGAUGGUACACCAGACUACAUGUCAGGGCUGGAUGACAUGACAGACCCAGACUCCUGUCUGUCGCGGAAGAAGAUUAAGAAGACUGAAAGUGGUAUGUACGCGUGUGACUUGUGCGACAAAACAUUCCAGAAGAGCAGUUCCCUUCUAAGACACAAAUAUGAACACACAGGCAAGCGGCCGCAUCAAUGCCAGAUCUGCAAGAAGGCCUUCAAACACAAACACCAUCUCAUAGAGCACUCCCGGCUGCACUCGGGGGAGAAACCCUACCAGUGCGACAAAUGCGGGAAGCGCUUCUCUCACUCGGGCUCCUAUUCCCAACACAUGAACCACCGCUACUCCUACUGCAAGCGGGAGGCCGAGGAGCGGGAGGCGGCCGAGAGGGAGGCGCGGGAGAAGGGCCACCUGGAGCCCACAGAGCUCCUGAUGAGCAGGGCCUACCUGCAGGGCAUGACCCCUCAGGGUUACCCAGAUCUGGGGGAGCGUGAGGCCAUCCUGCGGCACGAGGCGGUGAACGGCGUGAUGAGGGAGGGACGGAAGGAGGCGGAAGGGGCGUACGCCAAGAUUGGAAGGAGGGAGGACGAAUUUGAGGAGGAGGAGGAAGAGAGCAAGAGCAUGGACACGGACCCGGACACGUUGAGGGACGAGGAGGAGAAUGGAGAGCACUCGAUGGACGAUAGCUCGCUGGACGGCAAAACGGAAACCAAAUCGGAUCACGAGGACGCCAUGGAGGACGGCAUGUAAUCACUGAUGGCACUCAAAAGCUUCCCAUCUUAAUGUUCUUUUCUUUUUUUCUUUUCUAUUCUCUCUUUUUCGGUUCAGUAUUACCCGCUCGGUUUAAAAAACACGCUGCUGUGUUUUUGAGCUGUACGUGCACGUGCCUGAAGCUUCCGGGAAGCUUUCUUUCUUUUGGCGGGAGCCCGGAGGGGAAAGAUCGUUUAUGUCUGUCCGAUAAGACAUGAACUCAAAAAUCAAUUUGGACUCCGGGGGGAAAGCGUCGGGCUUUGAGGAUAAAAGGGGCAUGGGUUUGUGAAAUAAGCUGCAUUAUGCAAACAAAACAAUGAAUAAAUGAAUACAUUUCAAAAAAUGUACAGUAUUAAGGCCUAAAAAUAUGUGUGGUGCUAACCUCCUGAAGAAGAAGAAGAAGAAGAAGAAAAAAACAAACCCUGUGUUCCAUAAUAUUUAUAGCACAACUAGUGACUUGUACAAAUUGCACUCCGCUUCUAUAAUCACAAACAAAAAUAAUAAAAAAGUAUUGCCUAUGUAUAUAUUUAUACAGUGUUGGAAAAAGAGCAGUAGUGUGUGCACUGCAGUCCUGCGGUAAAACCUUUUCAUCACUCCGCAUCAUCCUGGGUUCCUCCAUCUCCACGCCACACACGCUCCUCUGGGCCUCAUCGUACAAACGACCGUAUGAAGGAACGGGACAAAAUACCUGUUGUUGUUUUUUUUAUGUUUUUUUUCUUUUUUAAGAUAAUGAAGUUUUAAAGAGACCUUGGUUUU